AGCAGCCUGGAUGGCGUGUCCACAGUAACCAAUCCUGCGCCUGGAAUUGGACAGUGGUUCUUCCAGCUAAACGGAGAUAAUUUGGCCUAGUGGCUAACCAUGAACAAGGAACGUACCUUCAUGCGCCCACCACGAAGGAUCCGCCGUGGAAUCCAAGUGCUAUUGUACUGUGGUCCCGUUGCACAUGGCGUCCCGCUAAAACGUGAUGAUACGACUAUCGUGUCCACGCAAAACGUCCGAAAGCCAUUGAAUGCCUAUCAGGUGCUUCUGGAAGGCCAAAACCGAUUCGGCUUGGGACUACUAGUAGCAUCACUGUCCAGUAGAAAAACGAAACGCAAGUCUACGAGCAGGUGUCGCUCAGGUGUCCAGCCCUGUAAUAAUAUCUCCAGGUCGCCGCUUUCCAACCUGCGCAGUGCGCACGCAUGUUAUUGUUGUCAAGCUACCAUAGAUAAGACCAGUAUACACCGAGUCGGAGAGUGGGCAGUUCAACAACCCGGGAACUGAAAAAUUAUAGGCAGUCGGCAGGCGAGAUAGAAGGAUGAGACUGCACGGAAAGGCGUCUUCGAUGGGGCUCCGAAGGAAUCCAUCCGACGGCUUUGGCAGCUGCUCUUUCGUAUCAUAUCUAACGCUUUUC